AUGGUGUCCCAGACGACCCCUGCGUCUUUUCGCACAAGCCUGGCGCUGGCCCAUGCCUUGCACGCCAGCACGUCCUCUGACUUCAGCGACAAGGUGUUCUCCAUCUUGGAGUACACCAACCAGUCUACCCUUGAAAGGGAGCCUGGUCUCGCGGUCGGUGAGGAUGGGAGUGGGGCCUUUUCGUUUGUGUUUCUUCUGCUGCUCGGACUGGAUGGGGGAAAUGACUCGCCGCACCGUAUCACGACUGUGCGCCGUGAUUCAAGCGAUAUCGCGCCCGCAGACGCCUCCUUCGUGGGGGCCUUCGAUUCUUCCUCGCUCUCUAUCCGUUAG